CAUAGUAACCCUUGAAAAUGACAUCUCCUGUUUUGAGAAAAAGCAAACUUAAAAUACAUAAACUUAUAAAAAAAAAGUGCUUCCAAAAAUGUCGAAGUAUCCACUUCGACCAUUUAUACAACCUGUAAUCCUGCGCCGCUUGAGCGAUAAGCCCAAGCUGAGCAACAAGCCCUCGAACACCCCUCGCCCACCAAAGGAUCCUCCGGAUGAGGGCUACCAGCCGACCAGCGUCGACCACGAGGGGAUCGAUGUGGCCCCGUUUGUGAGACCCUCUUCCUUCCGCCAGUUCAGUGGACCCGAUGAGAAGCUGGGACCAGGAGCAGGCAAGGCCCUGCCCUACAAGAACUCCAGCUACUUUGGCUAUCACCGGUUCUCGUUUAUGGAACUCAUGGUCACGACUGUGGAAUUGCGCGACGAACGUCGAUUGGACGGAGGACUCCAGGCAGCCAUUGAAGCGGACGAAGAACCCGAGGGUGGCGAGGCCCAACUGGAGACCAUGAAGAAACUGGAAGGCGAGUGCGAUGCGAUACUAGCCAACCAAGCCAAGAAAGCCGAGGAGGCCAAAGCUUCGGCCAAAGAAGAGAAGUGUCUUCAGGCAAUGAGCGACGAGGAGCUGAAGGAGUGGUGCAAGAAAAAGGAGGAGGACAUCAAAAAGAAGGAGCAGGAAAAGAAGGAGGACAUCAAAAAGAAGGAGCAGGAAAAGAAGGAGGACAUCAAAAAGAAGGAGCAGGAAAAGAAGGAGGCCACAUGCGCGCCCAAGGAGAAGAACAUCCAGGACAUGAGCGACGAGGAGCUGAAGGAGUGGUGCAAGAAAAAGGAGGAGGACAUCAAAAAGAAGGAACAGGAAAAGAAGGAUGCCACAUGCGCGCCCAAGGAGAAGAACAUCCAGGACAUGAACGACGAGGAGCUGAAGGUUUGGUGUCAGAAAAAGGAAGAGGACAUCAAGAAGAAGGAACAACAAAACAAGAACGAAGAAACAAAGAACUGUAAGGAGAAAGAAGCUGCUGAAAAGCCUAAGUGUGAAACCGAUGAAAACAAAAAAGAUUAAGAAUAGAAAAGGAUCUAUGGAAAAUUUGCAAUAUUAAUAAAGAAUUUAUAAAAUGAAUUUAAAGAAAUAAAUGAAUUGUAACUUGAAA